UCUUCUCAUCUCAUUCUCUCCCAAGUCUUCUACUCUUCUUCAUAUUCUCCGACUACUUUUCCUUCCUCUCCUUCCUUCUCCUCUCAGAGAUCUUAAAAAUCUUGCAUACCCAAAACAGAAAAUGGGUGGAAAUUCUCCUUGUGCUUCCUGCAAGUUACUUCGACGUCGCUGCGCUAAGGACUGCAUUUUUGCUCCUUACUUCCCCUCUGAUGAUCCUCACAAGUUUGCCAUUGUCCACAAGGUUUUUGGUGCUAGUAAUGUCAGCAAAAUGUUGCAGGAGCUACCAAUUCAUCAAAGGGCAGAUGCAGUAAGCAGUUUAGUGUAUGAAGCAAAUGCAAGGGUGAGAGACCCAGUUUAUGGAUGUGUAGGAGCCAUAUCAUAUUUGCAAAACCAGGUUUCUCAGCUUCAAAUGCAGCUGGCUGUAGCUCAAGCUGAGAUUCUAUGCAUUCAGAUGCAGAAUGAGCCAGUAGUCAUGAUGCCUACCCCACAGAUGGAUGAUCUAGAUGAUGCCAAGUCAUCUUCAUCUUUUGUUUUCCAAAAUAAUCAUCCUCAGUAUCUUAAUUUUGCCUCUUCUAGCAAUGUAAUUCAUGACUCUCUUAAGAGAGAGAGCAUUUUUGGUGACAUUAUUUCUUAAGUAAUAUAAUUUUUUUUUCUCUUGUCUCA